AUGCAGUUUGCACAAGAAAUCUCACGAAAAUACAGUCAUUUUCAUGUGAAGGAACUUAGGUUGAUAAUUGUUAGAUUUUCAAACUGCAGAAAGAACUUCACUGAAUUCAAGGUUGGUUUAGGUGUCAUUAGAACCCGGGCCCCGUGUAAUGAUGGUCACCCUUGAUAUGUAAUUUAAAAUUUGCUUACCUGGACGAGGCGUGUUUAGUUUAACUGAUAACAAAAGUUGUUUGUUAUAAGUCGAGAAAUCUAGGGUAUUAUUUAUUUAUAUAUUUAUUUAUUUAUUUUCACGCAUUUUCAAAUUGCAGUUCCACCCACAAAAGGCAAAAGCUAAUCAAGGCCGGCGGAGAUUCCUUAUUAUUUAUAGGAGAUCCUUGUCAAUAUUAUUUUGCUCAAGCCAAUUCACAGACUCGCUUACUUGAUCCAUCGAGUAGCUUAGUGCCGCAUCAAUAGUAUGCAUGCAUCCCAAACUAUAUGGAUCCUCGUUUAUGCUGUGCUCGCCUCUACGAUUCUGUAAAGCUACAAUUCAUAGGAAUUGCCGUGGGGUUCGGAAAAUGCUGGGUGGUAUCGGCUUUCCAAUCUUGUGUGUGUUUGUUUACUUAUAAACUCGAUCAUCUUUUUUCUAGUUAACUAAAGUUGAACAAGUUUUUCACUUUGUUUUACGAAACAUUUAUUUUUUGUCACUCGACAGCUUACUAUAGAGAAAAUGAAGUCACGUGUUCACGAACAGGGUAUUAUUUGUUUUGGUGUAUUUGUCAGCUUAGGCCUCAAUAAUCAAAAGGUACAGUACAUUAUUCAUUUUACCUCUUCGUAGCGAAAUUCACAGGAAUAUUAAAGAAUUACAUAGUCUAACAACUUUCUAUGUUGUCGUUUCUAACCGGUGUGAAAAUUUGUAGCCGAAUUACAGGCCCUAAGAGAGUGUUACUACAUUUAUUUGAACUAAAACCAACAAAACCUAACGGUGACUUGCCAAUCCCCAGUGCCCACUGCUACGUAGAGUUCAAAAGGGCUCUAUGUUAAUUCAAGGCUUAUUCUGGACGUUACUCUGCGAGCAGAGUUUUGUCUCUCGUGCAUGGCUUUUACGCCCCAGGGCGUAAACAAGCCAACUACGCGAACGAAUUCGUUUACAAAAGUUAGCUUUCAGUUUGGUGGGGUUGAAUCCCAUGUUAUAACCACUAAAGGAUGUCUUGUAUUUCAACAGGAAAAUCCUGACAAUUCAAAGCUGGCGGAAAAGGCAGCCGAAUUAACCAUCGGAGCCUUGCUGGAUGUGCCCUCAAUAUUUAAUGGACAGACGUUCGACGCAAUCACGUGA